UAUCCGCUUCGGUUCACUUCCCUCCGCCCCGCCCCCACCCAUGGCCACGCCGCUCCUUCUCCCGUCCCGCGCCGCCCAUGCUUCCAACACCUGCGCCUCCCAACACCUCACCGCGGCCACCUCCAAGGAGCCUCCGCCCCCGUCCCGGCUCGGGCGCAAGCGCAGCUGGGAAGGGAUCCCCUGCCUCGGCCCCAAGUCCCUUGUCCUCUCCCACGCCGCGGCGGGCCGCAUGGACGAGGCCGUGGACGCCUUCACGGCCGUCAGGAGCCCCGACGCUUUCCUUCACAACGUCAUGAUCCGCGGCUUCGCCGACGCGGGCCUCCCGGGUGACGCGCUCGCGGCCUACCGCGCCAUGCUGGCGGCCGGCGCGCGCCCCGACCGCUUCACCUUUCCCAUCGUCGUCAAGUGCUGCGCGCGCGUCGGCGGCCUCGACGAGGGCCGCGCGGUGCACGCCGCGGUGAUCAAACUCGGUCUGGGGGACGACGUGUACACGGGCAACUCGCUCGUCGCGUUCUAUGACAAACUCGGCCUCGUCGGGGACGCCGAGAGUGUGUUCGACGGAAUGCCAGUGCGUGACAUCGUCUCGUGGAACACGAUGGUGGAUGGUUACGUGUCGAACGGAAUGGGGGAAUUGGCACUGGCAUGCUUCCAGGAGAUGAACGAUGCGCUACAAGUGCAGCAUGACAGUAUUGGGAUAUUAGCUGCUCUUGCGGCUUGCUGCUUGGAGUCAGCAUUGAUGCAGGGGCGGGAGAUCCAUGGAUAUGUCAUCAGACACGGGCUGGAGCAGGAUGUCAAGGUGGGGACUUCUCUUCUUGACAUGUAUUGCAAAUGUGGUGAAGUUACGUCUGCCGAGAAUGUGUUUGCAACAAUGCCAUUGAGGACCGUGGUGACAUGGAAUUGUAUGAUAGGUGGGUAUGCGCUGAAUGAACGGCCUGCAGAUGCAUUUCAUUGCUUCAUGCAAAUGAAAGCCGAGGGCUUCCAGGUGGAAGUGGUCACCGCUAUCAAUUUUUUGGCCGCCUGUGCUCAAACUGAAAGCUCACUGUAUGGAAGGAGCGUUCAUGGUUAUGUAAUUCGAAGACUGUUUCUUCCUCACGUGGUGCUUGAGACUGCUCUUCUAGAGAUGUAUGGCAAAGAUGGCAAAGUGGAGUCAUCUGAAAAGAUUUUUGGUCAGAUAACAGACAAAACUCUUGUAUCAUGGAAUAAUAUGAUUGCUGCCUACAUGUACAAGGAAAUGUAUAGGGAAGCCAUCACAUUGUUCCUGGAGUUACUCAAUCAACCUCUCUAUCCUGAUUAUUUCACCAUGUCGACAGUAGUACCAGCAUUUGUCUUGCUGGGGUCACUGAGACAAUGCAGGCAAAUGCACAGCUGCAUUAUCAGGUUAGGCUAUGGAGAUAACACUCUCAUUAUGAACGCAGUUAUGCAUAUGUAUGCAAGGUGUGGCGAUGUUGUGGCCUCAAGGGAGAUCUUUGACAAAAUGUCAGGCAAGGAUGUAAUCUCCUGGAACACGAUGAUUAUAGGAUAUGCAAUUCACGGACAGGGAAAGGCUGCACUGGAAAUGUUCAAUGAGAUGAAAUGUAAUGGUUUAGAACCAAAUGAGAGUACCUUUGUCUCUGUGUUGACUGCUUGCAGUGUUUCAGGCUUGGCAACAGAAGGCUGGUUGCAGUUCAACUUAAUGCAACAAGAGUAUGGUAUGAUUCCACAGAUUGAGCACUAUGGAUGCAUGACUGAUCUUCUGGGUCGGGCAGGUGACCUUAGAGAGGUGUUGCAGUUUAUUGAAAACAUGCCAGUAGCUCCAACAUCCAGGAUUUGGGGUUCCUUACUAACUGCAAGCAGGAACAGGAAUGAUAUAGAUGUAGCAGAAUAUGCAGCGGAGAAGAUAUUCCAACUGGAACAUGACAACACUGGCUGCUAUGUUGUUCUGUCCACCAUGUAUGCUGAUGCUGGGAGGUGGGAGGAUGUGGAGAGGAUAAGAUCUCUGAUGAAGGAGAAGGGGUUGCAAAGAACGGAAGCAAGAAGCCUUGUUGAGCUUCAUGGCAAGGAGUGCAGUUUUGUCAAUGGGGACAUGUCUCACCCUCAGAGCGAGACAAUUCAUGAAUUGUCUGAUAUUCUAUCAAGAAAGAUUGGAGAAACUUUAGAUGACCCAAUUAAUCACCGUGAUUCGGUUCCUUAUGCACCAGGGAGAACAGUAAUGCCUAAUAAGCAUAGUGUAAGGCUGGCUGUUGCUUUUGGUUUGAUAUCAUCUAAGGUUGGAACCCCUAUUCUUGUUAAGAAGAAUGUGCGUGUAUGCAACAACUGUCAUUAUGCACUCAAGUUGAUAUCAAAAUAUUCGAGACGGAAGAUUGUCGUUGGCGACACAAAAAUCUAUCACGUAUUUUCAGAUGGCUCUUGUUGCUGUGGUGACUACUGGUGAAUUGUUACCUACCUACGGUUGAUGCAUUGCCCGAAUGAAUUUCGGCAACAACAACAGAACGCCUGGGAUGCAAAACACCCGGCAUUUCAGAAAAUUGACACAAGGUAUGAUGGUAAGCUACUACUUGCAUUAAUGGAAUCCUAAGUAGUGGUAGCAGUGGCUGGAGGGAACAGUUUUUGCCCCUCUUUGAAACUGCGACAGGAAAAAAGUGACUCACUACUGAUUACACACAUUGGACAUUGGACACGAAGUAAGCAUCAUCUUUUGUAGCAAUUGAAAGUAGCAUGAUGUACAAAGUCGAUUCUUUUUAAGUGAAUCUGAAAUACAAGUAACUCUUUAUACGAUAACAUCA